UAAAGUCAUAUGAUUCACAGCAAAUAUAGCAACAAAUAUCUCAAUUGGUAUUUUCCAAAGCCACGAAACGUGCAUUGAGUUUGGAGCGAUAUGUGAAGUGAAGAUUGAAGACGUGAUAGAAGAUGGACGACUACUGCUAUGCUAAGAUGGCGACGUCCGCUAAAAGAGAACAUGAAAGAGAAUCAACUUCCAGCAAAUCACCAACGGAGAUAAAGACGAAAGAUGAAGACGUCCAGCAGCUGAUCGGUAAUCCAGAAGAAGUUUCCCCUCAGUUAGGGGGGAGCUCCACUUUGAAGCAGGAGACUCCACAACCACCCUGCAUUAAAAAGGAAGAGGAGGAACUCUGCAUCACUCAGGAGGGAGAGUGUCUUCUAGGACGAGAGGAAGCUGAUUACACCAAGUUUCCACUGAGUAUUCUCUCUGUGAAGACUGAAGAUGAUGAAGAGGAACCACAAGUAGACAACCUCUUAGCUCCACUAUCAGAUAGUGAGGCUGAAGACGAGGUUGAAGAACCUUUGAGCAGUGAUAAAGACUGUGAAGGUGAUAUGAGGACUCACACUGACAACAAACACUCUGAAUGCUCUACAAAGAAGAGAGGUAAAACAUGUUUGAGCUGCUCGGUUUGUGCUAAAAGUUUCACUAAAAAGAGCAGUUUGACUCUACACAUGAGAACACGCACAUGUGAAAAAACAUUCAGUUGUUCAGUUUGUGGCAAAAGCUUUUCUCAAAAUAGCCAUUUGACUCAACACAUGAGAACACACACAGGUGAAAAACCAUUUCAAUGUUCGGUUUGUGGCAAAAGCUUUUCUCAAAAUGGCUCUUUGACUCAACACAUGAGAACACACGCAGAUGAAAAACCAUUUAAUUGUUCAGUUUGUGACAAAAGCUUUUCUCGAAAUUGCAGUUUGACUAAACACAUGAGAACACACACUGGUGAAAAACCAUUUAAUUGUUCAGUUUGUGGCAAAAGGUUUUCUCAAAAUAGGGAUUUGACUAAACACAUGAGAACACACACAGGUGAAAAACCAUUUAGUUGUUCAGUUUGUGACAAAAGCUUUUGUCGAAAUAGCCAUUUGACUCAACACAUUAGAACACACACAGGUGAAAAACCAUUUAAUUGUUCAGUUUGUGGCAACAGCUUUUCUCAUAAUGGCUCUUUGUGUCGACACAUGAGAACACACGCUGGAGAAAAACCAUUUAGUUGUUCAGUGUGCUGUAAAAGGUUCACACAUAAUGCAGACGCAGUUAAACACAUAAAAACACACAAGGGAAAAUAACCAAUUAGCUGUUUAGUUUGUGGUAUGUUGCUCAUAUGUGGUGACAUCCACCCUACCCAGGACCUCCUCACUGCUUCUUUCACAAAUAUCUGAGGUAUUCAUACAAACUUGGAUUAUUUGAAGCAUAAUCUUAUCCACUCAUGACCCCAUGUCUUCUCUGUAUCUGAAACCUUCCUGAACAGUAAGAUAGAUGAUGCUUCAAGUGCUUGGUUACUCCUUCUUCAGUCCAGGGACCUGGGGCCUCAUGUGUCAAGUUUGUGCACGCUCAAAAACCUGCACUACACCCUUUUUCACUGCAAAGUUGACAUGUAUCAAAACUGACGUUGACGCAUAAGUGAUGCUGGGUAACAAUUCCCACAAUGGACCACAAUGGAAACAAGCGUUUUGGCUUUUUGCGCCAUCCAUUUGCCUUUUUAAAUUAUUACAUGGAUUCAAUUAUUUAAGAUGUCAAUAAACAUCUCAAUUAAUCAGUCCCAAAAAGUGCCAACUUCUACUCCUCAAACUGAUUGAUGUGCAAAUCAGAGACAUAUGAACAAUUAACACCCACAACCCAACCCCCAUAAAGUGGUUUCGUAACUCGGAGCUAACCACUGGAAAUAUGGAGGCGAGUCAUCCAGACAUGCCCGUGUUUCUCCUUCUCCUACAUGUACAGACACUUGUGGAAAUCACACAUGAAUACCUUAAGAGAAAGCGAUUGCAGCUAUUUGGGAUACAACACUUCUCGGACGAGAAGAGAACUUUCCAAUGUGUGAUUCACUACAAUAGGGCCCCAAAGCACACUGGAUUCCAAUUACUUGAAAUACCACAAACUGGAUAUUGCUAAGAUAAAUAAAAUGAAAGAAUUUGCACACAAAGCAACACUGGAGGUAACUAUGACGUGUGCAUUAUCACAAUUUCAGAAUGGUUAAAACCAUUAAAAAUCAGUUCCCAGUGGCUUAUUAUAUUUUUCGAAGUUUUUUCAAAAUUUUACCAAUCACGCAAUAUCCCUAAAAAAAGCUUCAAAGUGCCUGAUUUUAACCAUCGUUAUAAACACCCGUCCAUUUUCCUAUGACGUCACAUAGUGAUGCCAACACAAACAAACAUGGCGGAAAGAACAGCAAGCUAUAGCGACAUUAGCUCGGAUUCAGACUCGGAUUUCAGCGGCUUAAGCGAUUCAACAGAUUACGCAUGUAUUGAAACGGAUGGUUGUAGUGUGGAGGCAGGUAGCGAAAACCAAAUUGAAGAAGAAACUGAAGCUAUUGAGCCAUAUCGGUUUCAACCGUAUGCAAGCGAAACCGACGAAAACGACACGACAGCCAGCGACACGGGAGAAAGCGAGGACGAAUUCGGCGAUCGCCUUCUGACCAACGAUUGGUAUGUGUUUGUUUGGCAUUAAAGGAAACUAACAACUAUGAACUAGGUUUACAGCAUAUGAAAUACAUUUGGCAACAACAUGCACUUUGAGAGUGCAGACAGCCCAAUUUUCAUCAAUUAAUAUAUUCUGUAGACAUACCCUCCUUUCCUGAAAGCUGAUCUGUCCAGUUUUGGAGUUGAUGUCAGCAGGCCAGGGAAGCUAGGGUCGAUAGGGGGUUUAGCUCGCUCGUCUGCGGGAACAAACUGCCGCCAUUGCUUGCCGUGCUACCGAGGUCCUUUGUCCCUGAAUUGCUCACACACUCCGGUAGAUUCAAUGGGGGUCUGGCGGCAGAUUUUUUUGACUUUAUGGUUGGAAAUGCAUCUGCUUUGAGUGUCGCAGGAUAUCCACACAUUCUUGCCAUCUCUGUCGUAGCAUAGCUUUCGUGGGUAAAGUGUGCGGAACAAACGUCCAAUUUCUUGCCACUUUGGCAUCUUUGGGCCACUGGUGCAACUUGAAUCCGUCCCUGUUGGUGUUGUUACACCCUCCGACAACACACCGACGAGGCAUGAUGUCUCCAAGGUAUGGAAAACAGUCGAAAAAAACGGAAAAUAACAGAGCUGAUUUGACUCGGUGUUUGAGAAAAUGGCGGAUUGCUUCGUUGUGACGUCAUCGCUCCAAGAGCGAAUAUUAGAAAGGCGUUUAAUUCGCCAAAAUUCGUCCAUUUAGAGUUCGGAAAUCGGUUAAAAAAAAAUAUGGUCUUUUUUCUGCAACAUCAAGGUAUAUAUUGACGCUUACAUAGGUCUGGUGAUAAUGUUCCCCUUUAAGAGUUAUUAUAUUUGUAAUAUAAUAAAAAAAUAUAACUAAUGUGUGAUUAUUAUUAAAGUCAUAUACCAUUAUGGGGAUAAGUAAGCAAUCAACCCUGCAAAUGAACCCUUAGUUGUUCAGACAGCGUGAGAACAAAUACAGAAAUUCUGCUCCCAUCAAAGCCCAAUGGUGCAAAAUUACAACAUUUCUCUAAAAACAUACAUAAACUUUUUUUUUUUAUUCUUCUAUUUCUGCAUCAAAUGCCUCCUACAACAUCUGAAAGGUCAAAUAUGUGUCAUAAAUAAAUAAAUAUUAAUAAAUAAGUUAAUGAUGCAGAGUUAUAAAAUAUUAUUAGAAAAUGUGUGAUUGUAAAAUCUCCUGAGCAAAAUGUAAAUGGAUUGUGUUAAUUGUGUUGCAAAGCGGAAGGAUUGUUGUGAUGUUGCGACCCCACGGACUGUAAACAAGGCAGAACAUGCAAGAGGGGAGGGUGCUUGAGCACGUUGUCUUCAGCUCCUCCAAACAUUGAAGUGUAUUCCAUGAUUUGUGCAACACUUCAAGCAAGUGAUUAUUAGAACCUCUUUUCCUUAAAAGCAGCCAACGUGGUAUUGUAUUUUUGUCAUUUCAUUUCUUUCUGAGUGUUUAUUGAUGUGAAAUCAAAGUCUGAUGUACUGUAUUGUACUGUAUUUUGUAAGUUCUCAUGGCGUGGAUGGUGUGUACAGCAAGAAGGAGUCAA